AUGUCCGACAAUGGGGUAGGGACAGAGGAAGACCCGCUGCUUGUACCCGAAGACGAAGUAUUUAAAGGAGCAAGAUCCCUAACGAGGACUCCUCCAGGACUAAAAAAGAUUGCGACUGAAUGCGACCCGGAAAAGUUCUACUCCCCAGUAGGAAAAAUAAGUAUUAGCAGCGGUAGUAGCGGUACCAGGUCUGGGUACAGCUCAGCUACUCCCACACCGGAAUGGGAAGGUGAAGCCUUCCAAGGUCCCCUAUACAAAUUAACAUACGGCAACAGUAGCGACAGCGACGGUCUUAACGACACGAUUACAGCGAGAAAACAUAGAUCCACAAAAAGACCCAGGAAAGAAGGAUCAUCGUCAGAAGAAGACGUUAAGGGAACAGAGGAAGGCAGGGAUAGAUCGAAUUCACUGCCUAUAAGUAUCACGCAACCGACAGGAAACAAGAAAAAGGGAAAACUGGAGGAGAAUAAAAAACCAGAUUCAUAUGAUGUACAUGUAAAUACAAUAAAGCAGUUACAAGAAAAAGUAGAAGAACUCCAAAGGCUGGUGACAGAGAACCCCAAUACUAAGAAGGAGAUAAAACACAUAUGUAAACAGCUGUUCAGGAUAUCGAAAUCAGCUAAUGAUCAGGUCAAAAAUAUUAAACCCGAGAAAGAGGUUGUUACCUUUGAUAUGGGGACGCAAACAAAUGUGACAGAAAGUCAGACAAGAGAUAUGGCGACCCAGGCAAGCGAAAAUAGGAUGGUCACGAAAGAGGACGUGGACCGGGAAGGUGCUGAGGGGACAUGGGAUAGCACCAAAAUGCUGUGUGAGGAGGAGUGGGCUAAAGAGGCAUAUCUCACGAAAAUUAUAGGAGGAAAUCCAGCCUCACUUCCAGGUGACGCGGAUGUGGUGGUACUGUUUGACCCAGAAGAGGGCACAGGUGACAUGAACAUAGCCGGACAACAAAUUAUAAAGGAGGUGAUAGAACUGAGGAAAAUCAAAAAAGGAGGGGUAGCGAAACUACAAAAUAAAAGGGAACUAAUAAUGGACGGACAAGUUAUGACAAAAACCGAGGGAAGGGCAGUCUUUCUUGCAGGGAUAAGUGAUCAGGAGGAGAGCAACUACGCACUCCUAAAAAUAGUCAAAGAAAAAAUAGAAGGAGGGGAGGGCCGGGCCCCAAAGAUUAAAAUCAUAGCGGAGCCAAAAAUAGUCAACGUAAAGUUACGAAAAAUGGUAGAGUGUACGCUCAGAGGAGUGGCAGAAGAGAUAUCUCUGUAUGACAUGGAAACCCAGCUGAUGGAAGAGGGAGAGGAAUGGGCGGCCAUAACAAAAAAGAGAAAGCAAAAGGCACCGGCAAUCAUGAUAAGGCAAAAGGACAAGUCGUAUGAAGAUAUACUUAGGGACCUCAAAUCAAAAAUUUCAAGGGAAAGAGUACCGGAGGGUAUUAAAAUGAUUAGAAAGACAAGAGCGGGAGACCUAAUUGUCGAGAUGGAUGAUGAAGAGGGCAUAAAAUCUCUAAGAGAGGAGAUUAAUAAAAAUAUCAGUGAAGCGACCGUAAAGAUCCUAAAAAGGAACAAGGUCGUGAUUAAUAUCUACGACGUGGAUGCAGUAACGUCUGCCGAAGAGAUUGCUAGAGCGGUGGGGGCCUACACGGGAGCAGAAGCCGUUGAAGUUAGGUCACUAAGGCCCAUGGAGGGCGGUAGACAGGCGGCCACGGUGGAAUUAGAUGAGGAGGAGGCAAAUAAGUUAUUUAAAGAAAAAGAAGUAAGAAUAGGGUGGACGCGGUGCAGAGUCAAGGAAAGGGUGGAUGUUGGUAGGUGCUAUAGAUGUGGGAGUAUCAACCACAUAGCUAGGGAUUGUAAGGAACCCCCGAUGGGGGAAAAGUGUAGGAAAUGUGGGGAUGAAGGACAUAAGGCCGCCGACUGUAAGGAGGAAAAACUAUAUUGUUGGACAUGCAAAACUGAUGGACAUAGAAAUGCCAGUUUCAAGUGCCCUGUUUUUAGAAAUGCCGUGAAAAAAGGCGAAAGAAAAAAGUGA